CAUGGAUCAAGUUAAGCUGGCCUGUACAAGUUUAGAGGAGUGUGGAGCCCAGGAGACUCAAAUGGACGCCCUCCCAGACCUCCGCAACCAAAUCCUACAGCUGCUCUGCACCAGACUAAAUGAUGACUGCAUCAUGGCGAUGCAGGAAGUGCUGCAGCUCAUGCAGAGGAGCUCGUACUACUUGGAAAUCCAACAUGAUGAUUUGCUACCAACAGCAGAUGAGCAGCAGCACACUUUACAUUUGUCUGACAGCACGGUGUGGUCUCUCGUUGACCAGCGGAGGCUGCAGCGUGCAAUGACCCUGGCUAACACCCAGGUGAAACUCCACCUCACUUUUCUGGGACUGCUCUACGAAGAGAUCAUCAGGGGCUGUCAGGAGCUUGAGGCCUUUGUCAUGAAGUACGACCAGGGUUUGGUAGACAGUGACAUUGCAGCUUCCACCCAGGAGAGGCUCCAGCAAACCCACCAGUACCUGAAAGACUUUGAGAGCAGAUUGGCUCGGAAACUCGGCCCGCUGGACCUGCAGAACCAGCUCAUCCCCAACACAGGCAGCAUCCCCAUACAACAGCUCAGUGCAUCACUGGCCAUCAAGAUGCCGGUUAUAUUUAACCGGUCCGAGACUUGCACGACAUCCAACACUGUACAUCUGUGUUGGGAAGUCACAGGUGAGCAGUCUCAGGAGUUGAACCAAGAGUUUGAGAUCCACGUAAAGAGUUUUCACCCAACAAUUGCUGAACAUUGCCAGUUUACUAAAUCUACAUGCCAGUCGUACAACAUAGAGGUCAAUAACCUAAUACCUGACAGGUAUUAUAAGUUCUCUGUCAAGAGAGUAGAUUCUGUAAACCUGGUGUAUGGACUGUGGGUUGACACCAUCACCCUGAAGACCUUGGAUAUUUCCAAGUCACAGCAAGCUGCCUCUUAUUGA